AUAGCAGAACUCUGUCCCUCGCUCCUUGGCAGGGCCCUAUGAUUUAUGCAGGAGCAGAGGCAGCACGCAAUCGAACUGUCAAGAGAGCGUCAGCUUAUUAGGCAAAUGCUGCGUGCUUUCUGAAGAGGUUCGACGUUAUAAAAUCUCACUGCAGGCUCUGGUUUGGAGAAACUCAGAGCCCAAGUACGUUGAGAUACUGAAGAGAAAAAAGAGGCAAAGAAAAGAAGAAGGGGAAGAAAAAGGAGAAGAGGAAGGAAAUCUGCAAGCAGCAUUCCCAGAGGAGUCCCUCUGCUGAGCAGCAGCAGCUCCGACUCACCUGCGAAGCAAGGAGAAGGCUGCAGCGAGCGCCCCAACAUGCGGCUGCGGCUGCUGGUGUCCGCAGGCGUCCUGCUGGUGGCUCUCUCGCCCUGCCCGCCAUGCCGGGCCCUGCUCAGCCGGGGACCGGUCCCGGGCGCCCCGCGAGCCCCGCAGCCCCUCGACUUCCUGCAGCCGCAGCCUGAGCAGCCGCAGCAGCCUCAGCCUCAGCCGGUUCUGAUCCGCAUGGGGGAAGAAUACUUCCUCCGCCUGGGGAACCUCAACCGGAGCCCCGCUGCUCGCCUUUCGCCCGACUCCUCGCCCUUCGCCGCCGGCCGCGGCGUCCACCCCUCGCCGAACCAGGCUGCAGCCAACUUUUUCCGCAUGUUGCUGCAGCAGCUGCAGCGCUCGCUCGACAGUCCCACCCGGCCGGUGGAGCGCGGCGCCGAGAACGCCCUCGGCGGCCACCAGGGGGCGCUGGAGAGGGAGAGGCGCUCGGAGGAGCCUCCCAUCUCCCUGGAUCUCACCUUCCACCUUCUCCGAGAAGUCUUGGAAAUGGCUAGGGCGGAGCAGUUAGCGCAGCAAGCUCACAGCAACAGGAAACUGAUGGAGAUUAUUGGGAAGUGAAACGGUGCGUUUGGCCACAAAGAUUCUGCAUUUAGCAUAAAAAUAAUAAAAACAUCAAAACACAGUAUUCUGUACCAUAGCGUUGCUCUGAUACCAUUUGUUUAUUUUUAUAUAGCUUGAAGCAUAGACAAUGUACAGGAGAGAGCUUAUAUACCCCUAGUUAGCAUGAACCAAGUGUAUUCAUGUGUAGUAACAGUGUUAUUUGUAUUGCCCAUUUUUAGUUUCCAUGUUCAAGUGUCUUUACACUGGUGUCUUAAAGAAAAUGUAGAUCCGGGGAGAAACAUUUUGAAGAGCAGGUGGAAGAAGUCACCCCGUUGUUAUUGUAGGGGCCGCACGCAGCUGAGGAGAAUGGCUUCUCUUGAGGGAUCUCUAGAUGAAAUGUGUAAGUUCUUUGAACCAACUUUUUCUUGUAGACAUUUCAGUAAUAAAACAUCUUUCCAAUCCUUGGUCAAUUUGGUUGUGUAAG